AUGUGGAAGGAGUGGACAAGUAAGAUCAAAAGCUUCGCCGAGGAUAUUGCGUCACCCGACUACGACGACGAGAGGCACACUAGCAGCGGCGAAGUUGAAGAGGAUGAGGUGCACGGUAGAGUACAACACAGCCACCACCUGACCUAUGGUGAGCGCGGCCAUGCACCCCAAAGAGACGACGUGGGCGUGACACGUGCGACAGCACAUGAUCAGCCCCAGAGUGGGACUGUCUAUGGUGGCGCUGGUAAUGCCUCCGCCCUGGAAACCGCGGCGCGGCGCUUGGCCUUGCAGCAAGAUGAGCUGAUGGUGGACCGGCAUACAGGCGCCUGCGGCAGUGUCGACGCUGCCGCGUAUGCACAGGCGUCCUCGGCUUCGACAGUAGUGGCGCCAUCAUCUCUCUCACUAUCGCCAAGCUCGCCUUCCACAGGAGCUGCGGGGACACGUCUUCCCGGCAACAUAGAGCCGCUGAUGGCGUCUCCACAAGCGGCGACCGUCACACAGAGCAAUGGGGCCGCACAGACGCCGGCUGAAAGUCUAGGCGAUGACACUGUGGCUGCACACUCCUCCUCCUCCUCCCCCGGUGGCGCUCAGGCAGCAUUGGUGAGUGCAGCAAGGCGUCGUGGUCCGCCGCAGGCAAUGAUGACUUGCAGUCCUCAGCCGGACACAUUGCAGCCUUCACCAGUACAACUCUCCGCGUCGCUCUCAUCGCCUUCUGCGGUACCAAUCUCAUUUAUUUCACCAGCAAUAUCUGCAGGGGCGGCGCUUCCUGCACCAGCGGCCGCUGCAGCCCUGCAGACUCCGCCAAUGCAGCAACAGCAUCUACCGGAGCAAACGCAGGGGCUGGCGCAGCGCGUUGCUGCUCUCGAGGCAGAGAAGACUCACCUGCGAAGUGACAUACGGAAAUAUCAAGACGAAGUCCGCGUCGCGCACGAGCAAACUGUUCAGUACUACGAAGCGAGGCUCAGGGAGGCUGCAGCUGCGGCAGCAGCCACCGCCAGCGCACAGGACGCGAACGUGCAGCAGCAAGUUGACGCGCUGCGCGCUGCUCUCCAGGUCGCUGCCGACGAGCUGGAGGUAGAGAAGGCACUCAAAACAGCACUCGAGGGACGCGUCGGCGAGCUGCAGCAGGAGGCUGAUGAGCUGCGCGCGAGUCUUGCUGCAGCGCAGAAGGAAAUAGCGGCCAUGGCAGCGGCUGCGGCUGCGGCUGCCGCUGCAGCGUCAGCACCUUCUGGGACACCCGACGCGACCUCGCUUGCUCCAGAAGAAGAUUGGCGUCAGCGUCAUUCCGAAGCGCUGAACAGCCUCAAAAACGCAGUACAGGAGAAGACUACGCAGCUAGCGGCACAGACGGCUCAACUGCAGUCCUCGGAGGCGAUUCACCGUUCCUUGGAGGCGAAGUUGCAGGCGGCGCAGAGGGAGGCGAUGGCGAACAUCAUGGACAGUCAUGACAAGAGCGCGGAUGUCGCGCGCGACGAGCAACGCCGUCAUGCGCAACUUCAGGACGAGGUGAGCCGGCUAAAAUGCGAGCUGGAGGCGGAACGUCAUCGCGCUGUCACGACGCAGGCGCUAUUCGAGGAUGCCCAGCGGAAGAGGGAAGACCUCGCCGCGCAGCUCGCACAUGAGCAAACCAUUUCACAAAGCGUCGAUGCUACUCUAGGGCAGACGAGGGGGCUGGCUUCUGCUUCCGCCGCCACUGCCGCCGCAUCGGCCGCUCACGAAGAAGAGCGGCACCGACUCGCCGAAAAGCUCGACCACAUGGAGGCGGAGCGCGGCGUGCUGCAACAAGAGGUGAGGCAGCUCACGGAGGCGGCGGGUCAGCUACAACGCACACUCGACACCCGGGAGCACGAGUACGCGGUGGCGCAGGCAGAGCAGGCCGAAGCCCAGAAGGCUUUGUUGGAGAGGCUAAGCGGUUUCGAGGCUCAGGUGGCGAAAGGUGGGCCCGCUUACCACGAAGAGCUGCAUCGAUUACAGACGCAACUGGAAGGGGAGCAGAAGCGUGGAAAGGCACUGGAGGCUGAUAAGCAGGCCGCAGAGCACGCUCGCACGACGGCCGAGGUGCACGCGGCAUCGGCGGAACAGCGCUGCGGCUUCAUUCAAGCGGAACUCGCAGCCCUCCAGCAGCAACUCAAGCGCCUCGAAGAGGCUGAGCGGGAUCGCCAGCAGCAGGAGCGGCAGCGCAUGACCGAGUCCGAGGCAAAGGAAAGCGGCGUCAACAUGUCUGUCGCGGUCCUCACAGAAGUAAAGAAAGAGUUGGAGGGAAAGGUGCAUACGCUGGAGGUAAUGAUGGAUCAACUGCAGCGCAUGACAGUUGACACACUGGUGCGCUUGGGCGUGGAUGUGGAGCGCGUGGUAGAGGGAAGCCGUAGGCACAGAGGCGGCACAGAGCAGAAACUUUCGAGCUGCGACGACGGCGAAGCGGACUCCAUGAAGGGCGAGAAGGGUUCUUCAUCGGCGCCCACGGGAGUGCCGCUCCUGCAACUCUUUUCAUUGCUGAUGACGGAGUGUCUGCAACAGCACAGUAUCGUGCUGCGGGCAGAGCGGGUGCAGCAGGAGUGGGAGCAGACCUACGAACAGGCCCGCCAAGUCAAUGACUCGCUCAACCAGCAGGUGGCUGAUGCGUGGGGUGUCAUUGGGAAGCUGCGCGAGGAGUUGUCGCUGAAGGACGAGGCGGCGCGUCAGAUGAAGUCACGCGUCGACAGUGGCGACGCUCGACUUGUGGAGGUGCAAGAACAGCUGGCCGGCGUCGUGCAUGAGCUGCAGACUCUGCGCGAGGAGCGUGAGGGGUGGGCGACGCGGCUGCAGCAAGCUGCGACGGGCGCAGAGGGCCAGGCUAACACUGUGUCCUCCUUGCAAGAGGAAAUAGGCACGCUACAGGAUAUGCUACAGGCAAAGGAGGAGGAGCUGCAGGCAUCCUUGCAAAGCACGGAGAACUUGCAGCUCGUCCUGGAACGAAUUCAGGAGAUCAAGCGGCAUGAAGUGGAGGCCUUGACGUUGGAGUCUCAGCUCGAGGCGGAGGAUCUCAAGAAGCAGCUGGCAGAGGCGCGGCGAAUCAGAGAUCAGCACGACAGCGAGCUAGCAGGUCUGCGCGAGGGCUUUGAGCGGCAGCUCGCAUCGAAAGAUGCGGAAGUGACAACUAUGCACCACAAGCUCGCGGAGAUGCGCAAAGCGCUAGAGAAGACAACGUCGCGGCACAUGGACGGCUCGGAGACAAGCAUUGACAAGCGCGUCGUGUCGCAGCUUCUAGCCAAGUAUCUGCACGCCUUCCUUGCGCAGCGGAAGGAGGCGGAGGACAUGCUGAAGGUGCUGAGCGGCCUCCUCGACUGGGAUGAGGCAACGCAGGAAUAUGUGGGACUGUUGCCUGGGCCGAACAACCCGCAGCCGCCGGACGGAUCUGCCGCACAGCGACGCGGUGCUCGCCGGGGCCUGUUCAGGUGGCUUCGUAGCGGGGAGGCAGAGGCAAACAAGGCGGGACUGGCGUCCAAGUGGGUCGAGUUUCUGCUGAAGGAAAGCGAGGGCAGCGGAGGCGGUGGCCGUGCAAACCGCAGCGACGUUGGUGCCACGGCGUCCACUCCUGCUUCGUCUACCUCGACCCCCAUCCCGGGCUCGCAACCAAUCCCGUCAUUAAGCUUUCCAUCACCUUCGGCGGCGGCGGAGACGGCGACAUCGGAGGCUGCUGCAAGCCGCCAAUCGACGUGA